AUGGCUGAGGCUGCAGGUGCCGCGAGCAGUAAUCCCAACGCGGAGAUCAUUCGGGGCCAGGUGUUCGAAGUAGGGCCCAGAUAUACGAAUCUGCAAUACAUCGGCGAAGGCGCCUAUGGCAUGGUUGUAUCCGCGCACGACAAUAUAAAGAAAACGAAAGUUGCCAUCAAGAAAAUAUCACCGUUUGAGCACCAGACUUAUUGUCAGAGGACGCUAAGGGAAAUCAAAAUCUUAACUCGGUUUAAGCAUGAAAAUAUAAUCGACAUCCGAGACAUUUUAAGGGCUGAAACCAUAGACUCAAUGAAGGAUGUUUACAUCGUACAAUGUUUAAUGGAAACAGACCUUUACAAAUUGUUAAAAACACAGAAACUAAGCAACGAUCACAUCUGUUACUUCCUGUAUCAAAUCCUCCGCGGGCUGAAGUACAUACACUCGGCAAAUGUUCUGCACAGAGACUUGAAGCCUUCCAACUUGCUACUUAACACAACGUGUGAUUUGAAGAUUUGCGACUUCGGUCUGGCACGUGUAGCUGAUCCAGAUCAUGACCACACUGGCUUCCUUACCGAAUACGUGGCGACUCGGUGGUACAGGGCGCCGGAGAUUAUGCUUAAUUCCAAGGGUUACACCAAAUCGAUAGACAUCUGGUCGGUAGGGUGUAUCCUCGCGGAGAUGCUGAGCAACCGGCCCAUAUUCCCGGGCAAGCACUACCUGGACCAGCUGAACCAUAUCCUCGGUGUGCUUGGCUCGCCUAGCCAGGAGGAUCUUGACUGUAUUAUCAACGAAAAGGCUCGAGGCUACUUGGAGUCUUUGCCGUACAAGCCUCGGGUGCCAUGGGCGGAGCUCUUCCCGGGCGCCGAUCCUCGCGCACUCGACUUGCUUCACCGCAUGUUAACCUUCAACCCACACAAGCGCAUCACCGUCGAGGAGGCGCUUGCGCACCCCUACCUCGAACAGUACUAUGACCCCAACGAUGAGCCCGUGGCGGAGGAACCGUUCCGAUUCGCGAUGGAACUCGACGACCUUCCCAAAGAGACACUCAAGAAGUAUAUCUUUGAGGAGACCUUACUAUUCAAGAAACUCAACGAAGACGCGUAG